GUCAACCAAGAGCGGAAAUGUGCGACAGCUGGAGCUUGAAAUUGAGCGCUUUUAGUGCUAAUUUACUCAAAAUAUGAAGAAAAGAUUCCACAUCAACCUGGACGACAGCGCGUUCACCAAAGAAAGAACCCCGCCAAAGCCACAAUUCAAGUUGUCUUCAAAUAAUGAAGACACCAACAGUGCAACUACAGCACAGCCCCUGUCCUAUGCAGAGUAUGUAGUCCAAAACAAGAACAGUUCCACAGACGGACCCUCCUCCAAGCUGCCCAGGCCUGGAGACCCUUCUGAAGCCCAUAGCUCAGCAUCUUCUGCACAGAAAGGUGGUGAGAUACUUGAGGACUGCAUCAAAACCACUGACGAGGCAAAGGAUGAGGGAGUCCAGAAGUCCAGUUUAGUCCAAAAUCUGGGGCCAAAGCCAGUGGGGUCUGGGAGCAGCAUUAUUGUCAGUCCACGUCAGAGGGGAAAUCCCAUUCUGAAGUAUGUGCGAAGCGUCCCGUGGGAGUUUGGAGAAGUGGUACCAGACUAUGUCCUGGGCCAGACCACCUGCGCCCUCUUUCUCAGUCUACGAUAUCACAACCUGAACCCCAACUACAUCCAUGAGCGCCUCAAACAGCUCGGCUCCAGUUUUGUCCUGAGAGUGCUGCUGCUGCUGGUGGAUGUGAAAGACCCUCACCACGCCCUGAAGGAGCUGGCCAGAAUCUGCAUCAUGGCCGACUGCACUCUGGUCCUGGCCUGGAGUCCAGAAGAAGCAGGACGGUACUUGGAAACGUACAAGUCCUAUGAGAAGAAGCCUGCUGACCUGCUAAAGGAGCAAGUGGAGAAGAACUACUUGUCUAAGGUAACAGACUGUAUGACCACGGUGAAGUCCAUCAAUAAAACCGAUGCCAUCACGCUGCUGUCCACCUUCUCUUCUGUAGAAGGAAUCAUCAAUGCCUCAAAGGAAGACUUGGUCCUCUGCCCAGGCCUCGGCCCUCAGAAGGCAAGAAGACUGCAUGACGUUCUACACAAGCCAUUCCUCAAAUCAAAGACUAAAGAUGGUUGAGAUGAACAUUUUCAUAAUAAGAAAAAAUACAAACAUUUCUUGAACAAUUUUUUAUCUGGAUUGUUACGUUGUAAUUUAAUUUAAUAAACCUGUUUUGUGUACUUGUUACUU